GAAAAUAAUGUCUACGGAAUCACACUGAAGAAUGGUACGAAACAACUGGAAGCAUUCACGACGGCAAUUCUACAGUUCUAUUUGGUCAGCAGCUAUGAGGAUGUCGAUGUCAUCUACAGAUGGUUGCUUGCCGUCCGGGAAACCUUCAAAGAGAAACGUUUCUCUAUCCUCCAGUGUGAAGUUACUGGCGACUCAUUUGUGUCGGCUGAAGUCCGGCGGAUGGGCGUUGAGACCGCUCCGAUGAUCACCAUGUCUGUUAUAGCGAUGAUUUUCUUUGUAGUGAUCUUCUCACUCAGGCGUGAUCCAUCUCGAGCAAAGCCAUGGGAAUCCUUGUCCAUAAUCGUAGCCGCAUUCUUCUUGGUGAUUUCGGUUGGUGUUGAUGACGUUUUCAUCAUUCUUCGUGCCUGGGAUCGAACAAAUACCGAAGAGGAAGUGCCGGAACGGAUGGCUCAAACACUUGAAGAAGCUGGACCGAGCAUUCUUAUAAGUUCGAUCACAAAUGCAAUGGCGUUCUUCAUCGGUAUGACUUCACAGACCCCAGCAGUGCGAUCGUUCUCGUUGUACUCUGCGAUCGCCAUCAGUAUCUGCUUCUUCUAUCAGCUGAUCAUGUUCUGUGCUGUGCUGGCCGCUAGCGCUUUAUUCCUCGCUUGUGGAGCGAGUUUCGGCAGUGCAAGCGGCAGUUAUUCGGCGAUAUUCUCAAAUUCUGCCGACAUGGCCAACAAGGUUCAUAUUAGCGAUCUUUAUGGGCUUCUACUAUUACGCGUGUGUUGUCGGCAUCCUACAAUUGCGCGCACAUUGAUAAGUGUCGAGAAGAUGGCGCUGCCUGAUUCGUACCUCCAGACAUUCCAAAGUCAUUUCGAGGCAUCUCUGGCGAACAUGCAACCGAUCACGGUGUUCAUUUUGAAUCCCGGCGAUCUGCGGGAUCCUAAGCGCUAUCGAGAUUUUGAGAAUUCCACCUAUGCGUAUGGACCGGAGAGCACUUUCUUCUGGAUUACAGCUUACGAGGAGUUUUUGAACUUCUACGGCGAAACGGAGGAGUUCACUUACGCGGAAAUGCCACGUUCUUCAACAUCGGCCACGUAUUUUUAUCUGGACGACGUUCGACAAUCAAAUAAUCAUGAACUGAUCCCGGCGUUGAAAGACUGGAGACGAAUCGCGGCGAAAUAUUCUGACUACGAUGUCGUUCCCUACACAGAACAUGCGCCAUUCAUCGAUCAGCCUCUGGCGAUCGACUCGACAGUGUGGGUCGAUGGGAGCCGCUCUGCUGUGCACGGCAAUCGCAUGCUUUAUCUUCAUACCGAAUUUGGCAUGUAUCAUAACAGCAUGUUUCUCUGUGCUUCUCAUUCACACGACCGGAUUCUUGAUUACUUGAGUCUUUGGGGAAUCGAUCUCGAUCCACUCUCUAUGGCCGCUCUUCUGAUGGCCGUCGGUUUCUCGGUCGACUUUACGAGUCACAUAGCAUAUCACUACUAUAAAUCAAAACAGCAGGAUCCCGCCUUACGACUGGAGGAAACGCUUACGAGCAUUGGCUGGCCAUUGGUGCAGGUUGGCUUAUCGACGAUUAUCGCGAUUUCGCCGUUAACAAUGAAGCCGUCAUAUCUGGUGAUGGUGUUCUUCAAGACGAUCGUCGUUGUGUGCACACUGGGAAUGUUCCAUGGACUCGUCAUUAUGCCGGCUAUCCUCACAGCGAUUAGUCAAUUCGGAAAAAGUUCAGCCGCGCCAAGUGUCACUGACUCAAGUGAGGUGUCAGAACGUUCGUCGGACAGGAGCUCUGUCGAACGACAAGAAAGCUUCUAUCGUAAUCCAGCUGUCAUUUUCAAGCUGAAUCGAGAUAUUAAACAUAACAAAGUGGCACCAGAAACAACAGUGGCUCUUGAGAAAGCUGACGGACAAGAGGCAUUCAAGCACAAUAUAGUGCUUGGACAAGUGUCCCCGAUUCCUCAUCGAACCUAA